AACAUGUCGACCAACGGUGUUACCUCCAACCCCAAGCGGACCAAGAUCUGCGUUUACUGCGGCGCAUCCGCCGGCAACAACCCCAUCUACCUCGAAGCCGCGCGCCAGCUCGCCCGUACCAUGGCCGCCAACAACAUUGACCUCGUCUACGGUGGUGGCACAGUCGGCCUCAUGGGCGAAAUUGCCAAGACCCUUGUUUCCCUGUCCGGCCCUGACUCCGUCCACGGCAUCAUCCCCGAGGCUCUGGUCCGGUACGAGCGCGACCCUCACUACACGUCCACCCAGGUGAGCGGCGGGCAGAAGGAUUCCGCCGCCGACGAGGAGGCAAAGGCCAAGCAGCUUCCCGUCCCUGAUGAGAACGUCUUUGGCCGAACGACCAUUGUCAAGGACAUGCACACGCGCAAGAUGAUGAUGGCGCAGGAGGUGUUAACGGGCGGCCCCGGAUCGGGCUUCAUCGCCUUGAGUGGCGGCUACGGUACCAUGGAGGAGCUGUUCGAGACGGUGACGUGGAACCAGCUGGGCAUCCACGACAAGGGCAUCGUCCUGCUCAACAUCAACGGCUUCUAUGACGGUAUUCUGCACUGGAUCCAGAACAGCAUCCAAGAGGGAUUUGUGAACCAGGCAAAUGGAAAGAUCAUGGUGGAGGCGAAGAACUCGGAGGAUGCGAUCAAGGCGCUGAGGGAGUAUAAGGUGUCCGAGGCGGUUUUCAAGCUGAACUGGAGUGAUGAGUAGGCAAGGAGGGUAAGAGACGAGGGAAGAUCGUUUUCUUGAGGUUUCCCUUUCCUGCUGGGGAAAGCAGUUGCUGUUGCCUUGCAUCGCGCAGCUUCGUUCUGGAUGGACGACGGCGUUCAGGGGUACUGUUUCUUAGGCUGGGCCAUCAUUCAAAAGCUCUCGGUGUACCAGUUUGCUUGAUCGGUGGGAUUCGCGUCAUGAUGUCAGUAGACACAAAACAAUGCAUUAACAUAAAGGGACUUGUUCAUCUC